UGUCUGGUCUUAAAAUCUGCUGAGCUUUAUUUUGCAAAAGUCUGUCUGUACUUUAGAGCACUUCAAUGAAACAAUGAACAGGUUGAUUUUCUUGUUUUUGAUUUUUCCCUUUGUUCAUGCUCAAGUGACCGAACUGAGCAAUCUUUUUGGCCAAAUUGAGAGUCCUAACUUUCCUGUGCCAUAUGAUGACAACUUGGAUUUAACUUGGAGGAUUACAGCUCCCACAGGAUACCAAGUCCUGUUGUAUUUCAGUCAUUUUGACAUUGAAGAUUCUUAUGAUGCGGAUCUUGGUGGCUCAUGUGUGUAUGACUAUGUUCAGAUUAAUGAAGAAAAGUACUGUGGCAAAAAUUCUCCAUCUACUUCCACCAACUAUAUUCGAUCAACUGAUAAUUUAAUGACAGUAAAGUUCGUGUCCGAUUAUUCAAAUGAGGAACCUCGUCCUUUGGGUUUCCGAGCUCAUUAUGUUGUAGAUGAUAUCGAUGAAUGCGCGGAAAUGGAAUACGCUGCAAGAUACACCACAGAAGAUUGGGAUGAAGUUAUUUAUUGCAACCAUCAUUGCAUCAAUGUACCUGGUUCAUAUUACUGCACAUGUAGACCUGGAUUCAUUCUCCAUGCAAACCAACACACAUGCACAGCUGCCUGUCAAGACCAAGUGCUCACAGAAAGUUCUGGCAUUGUAACGUCCCCAGAUUAUCCAAAUCCUUAUUCCAAAUUAACGGACUGUGACUGGCUUAUUGAGGUUCAAGACGGAUUGAGUCUAAAUGUUUCGUUUGACAGAAAUUUCAACAUUGAAGAUCAUUUUAAUUAUUCCUACUGCCCAUAUGAUAAUUUAAAGUUGUCCUAUGGAAGCCACCAAAGUACACACUGCGGAAAUGAUGUUCCAUUUAAUGGAAGAUGGACUGCUUUAAAUACAAGAAUACUACGAAUGAAUUUUCACACUGAUUACGCAAUUGAAAAAAGUGGAUUCAAGAUGACAUAUGAUUCUAUAAGAAUAAGAUGUUUGAAUCGUCCCAUAUUGGAGCAUGGUGUGGUUAAUUUCCCAAAUUCGAACCCGUUCAGUGAAUUUGAAGAUGAAGUCAGUUUUCAGUGUAAUACAGGAUAUGAACUUAACGGUGAAAAUGUGAUCACUUGUCAGAGUGAUGGAUCAUGGAGUUCUCAACCACCAACUUGCACAAGUCAGUUGAAUGCCUCAGUCAAAAGUGUUUCUCAUAUCAUGUGGGAGGCCUACGAAGCUGGAAGCUGUCCCAAACUCGCGAAUAAUGGAAUGGGAGAGGCACUUCAGUACACAUUUGGUGAAAUUGCUACGUUAGAAUGUAAUGAAUGGUAUGAGCUGGUGUCUGGUUCAACGAUAUGGACUUGUAAUGAGGCAAAACAGUGGGUUGUUUUACUCACAGGAUUUGAAGAUAAUGUAUUACCUCAGUGUAAACCAAUAUGUGGCAGAAAGAACGGAGAUUCGUUCAUAAGCGCCCAUGUAAGUAAUGGAGUGGUAUCCGAACAAUAUGAAUGGCCUUGGAUGACGUUUAUAAAUUUUGGUUACCGGCCGAAUGUUGUGGGUGUGCAGUCAUGCGGUGGAGCACUGAUCGGUGAAAAACAUGUGCUCACAGCCGCACAUUGUGUAACUGACCGUGCUUUCCAACCUGAUGGAAAACGUUACCCGAACAACACGCAUGUGUGGUUAGGCGUCCAUGAUAGAGAACAAGAUUAUUUGAAUUCAAGUACAUCAGCAAGGAGCUUCCAGGUUGAAAGAGUUAUCAGACAUCCAAAUUACAACAAACGUACACUGGAUUCUGACGUGGCAUUGCUACAGCUCACAGAGCCUGUUGCUAUGAACAAUGUUCGACGACCAAUCUGUUUACCGGACACAGAUGCAGAUUUUCAAAGAUUACAAGUUUCUGCCCGUGGGGAGUUUGCUGGUUGGGGAAAGUCCCACUUCCUCAAAAUGCCGUCUUACUUGUUGAGGGAGGGAAGCUCACAUGUUGUAUCAGCCGCAACUUGCAUGCAAGCUUUCAGAGAACAAAGCAAAAAAAAGAAAAUCACUCUAUCAGAUUCGAUUUCUAUCACUCAAAACAUGUUCUGUGCUGGCUCUCGGUUUGGUACGGACAGUUCAACUUGUAAUGGUGAUUCGGGCGGACCGUUCAUGUUAAAAGACGAAGCAACUAAACUUUAUUAUGUCAACGGUCUUGUGUCGUUUGGCCUUUCGUCCAGUUUAUGUGGCAAACUUGAAUCUUAUUCAGUGUUUGCAAAACUUACGCCAGAUAUUGUGGAUUGGAUAAAGCAAGAAAUAUCUGAUUAAGCCCCGUUUUAAACGACCCAUUAUUGUAAAUAUGUAGCUUGUACACGUAAUUACUUUUUAUCCAGUUUCAUUGAUUAAUUGUUUUGUUACAAAAUAAUAAAUCAAUUU